UAAAUGGGAGACACCGAAGAAUGCUAGUGACAUCUGCAACUUUCUAGGACUGGCAGGAUAUUAUCGGCGUUUUAUCGAGGGUUUCUCGAAGGUGGCUCAACCGCUGACGAACUUAACCAAAAAGAAAAUCAAGUUUGUGUGGAGUCCUCAGUGUAAGUUGAGUUUUCUGGAGUUGAAGAAGAGACUCACGUCUGCGCCAAUGUUGACUAUACCAGAUCCAACUUUGGAAUUUACUAUUUAUAGUGAUGCUUCGAAGAUGGGUCUGGGUUGUGUGUUAAUGCAGCAAGGGAAGGUCGUGGCUUAUGCAUCGAGGCAGUUGAAGCCUCACGAGGUUAACUAUCCGACCCAUGACUUGGAACUUGCCGUAGUGGUUCAUGCGCUUAAGAUUUGGAGGCACUAUCUCUACGGAGGCAAGUGCGAGAUUUUCACGGACCACAAGAGUUUGAAAUACAUCUUCCCACAAAAGGAGCUCAAUAUGAGGCAGAGGCGUUGGUUAGAGCUCGUGAAGGACUACAAUUGCACAAUUAGCUACCAUACAGGGAAUGCUAAUGUGGUCGCCGACGCAUUGAGUCGGAGGAACCACGGUGCGCUGAACUUCAUCAUCUCUCGGGAGGAAGAGUUAGUCCGAGACAUCGAGCGGCUGAAGUUAGAGAUCGUGGAGUCCACUCCGAGAACUAGUGGUGUGCUGACAUCAUUAGUU